AUGGAAGGUAAAGACAAAAUAGGGGAGUAUGUGCUUGAUAUGAUGUAUCUUGAAGUUCAACAAGAUAUAAAAUUUUCAGAUUCAGAAGAUCCUUUCAUAGCAUUUCAUCUUGACAAGACACUAGUGAGAAAGUACAUGAGCCCACUCUUGAUUGGGGAACUGGCACCAGAUCAACCCAGCUUUGAGCCCAGCAAGAAUAAAAAGCUGGUAGAAGAUUUCCGUGAACUCCGCGCGACCGUCGAGAAGAUGGGGCUUCUCAACCCCAACCGCACCUUUUUCAUCCUGUACCUUUGUCACAUCUUGGUGUUGGAUGUUGCAGCUUGGCUCACCAUCUGGUAUUUUGGAGCAUCCACAGUGCCUUUCCUCAUCUCUGCAGUGCUUCUAGGCACUGUCCAGGCCCAGGCUGGCUGGCUCCAGCACGAUUUUGGACACCUUUCAGUCUUUAGCAAGUCCAAGUGGAACCACUGGGUGCACAAGUUCGUGAUCGGCCAUCUGAAGGGAGCACCAGCCAGCUGGUGGAAUCACCUCCACUUCCAACACCACGCUAAACCCAACUGCUUCCGAAAGGACCCUGACGUUAACAUGCACCCCUUAUUUUUUGCUUUGGGAAAAACACUCUCUGUAGAGCUUGGUGUACAAAAGAAGAAAUUCAUGCCUUAUAACCACCAGCACCAGUACUUCUUCAUCAUUGGUCCUCCGGCUCUGGUGCCUCUUUACUUCCAGUGGUACAUAUUCUACUUUGUGAUACAGCGGAAACAGUGGGUGGACCUGGCCUGGAUGCUGACUUUCUACAUCCGAUUCUUUCUCACCUACUUGCCCUUACUGGGGGUGAAGGGUAUCCUGGGCCUUCAUCUGUUAGUCAGGUUUAUAGAGAGUAACUGGUUUGUCUGGAUUACACAAAUGAAUCACAUCCCAAUGCACAUCGAUUAUGAUAAGAACAUGGACUGGUUCUCUACCCAGCUCCAGGCAACCUGUAAUGUUCAUCAGUCCUUGUUCAAUGACUGGUUUAGCGGACAUCUGAACUUCCAAAUCGAGCACCACCUUUUUCCUACAAUGCCUCGACACAACUACUGGAAGGUGGCCCCUUUGGUGAAGUCCCUGUGUGCCAAACAUGGUAUCGAGUACCAGUGCAAGCCAUUGCUCACGGCUUUUGCGGACAUAGUGCACUCUUUGAAAAAUUCAGGGGAGCUCUGGCUUGAUGCCUAUCUACAUAAAUAAGAAGCAGUGGAUCCUUGCAGAGGAGUUCCCCACCGUUGUUGCCUCCUGUGGUGGUCACCAUGAAGAUCCUGCACAGAGGAGAGACAGCUGGCUAAGCCGGAGGUGGGGAGGUGGUGUUGCUUAAUUCCUUUGAUGAAUGUGAUUAAUAUGAACUUUUUUUUUUUAAAGAUGUGUUCU